AUGGCUACUACGACUAGUACGCCAGUCCGCCGCCGAAGUAGUGACGGAUUAAUGGAUACUGCGGACAACUUGGUGGACAGACUAGACGAACUGGCAGACAUACUCACGUCUGUAGAGGAUGAGUACGUGAAGGUACGUACUCCACAGAUGGAAGACGAUGAAUUCGACAGACGACAAAUCAACAAAACUCCUCCAAAUCCUUAUGCCAGACCAAACAAUAGCUUCAAGCGUCUAAAAGAAGGACUAGAGUCAGCACGUGCCCUCAUCGCGUGCUUGAAGCGGGAAAAAUGGCGUUUGAGCAGACGUAAACAAAGUGUAGAAUUGAGGAUGGGAGAACUGGAAGAUUAUAAAUCUCAUCUGAAACAAGACAUGUCUUCUUUAAAUGAAACCGUGGACAUAUUGAGCAUGCGCGUGGUCGACUUGGAGAACGAUCUGUGUGAAGCCCAAGAACGUCAAGAAAGUCUCGAAUAUGAGAACGAACAGUUGUCUGCAAGACUGAAUGUUGCUGAAUUUAACUGUAGAGACUUCGAAUCCCACAAGAAUGAUCUUCAGGAGGAACUAGAAAACGUACGAAUGCUGAGGAGUGACUCUUGUUUGCGGCAGGAGAACGAAGAGAUUCGAUCUGAGAUGGAAAUUCUUCAGGAAGAGAACCAUCGACUCAAAGAAAUGAUCCGACUACUUGAAGAGGAGGCAAAACCCCAGAGCCAAGAUGGCGGCACCUUCAUGGGACCAACAGAGAAAACACCCGAACAGAAAGAGAUUACAAAAGAAAUGGAACAGCUAAAUAUCGACACCGCCACCCUAGUUUAG